GGCGGCGAGGACCAGGGGGAGGGCAGGCGGGAGGACAGGGGGCCGUGCAUGGGCCGGGGGAGGCCGGCAGGAAGCGUGCAUGAGCCCGAUGAUGAUGAUGAUGAAGAAGAAGCAGCAGCCGCUGGAGGACGGGAGCGGCACCCUGCUCAAGCCCGAGUACCUGUCCAAGGUGGCGGAGGAGGUGGUGGAAGGCGACCGGGUGGUUGAGUCGGCGGCGGCGGCGGCUCCUGCUCCUCCCGGAGCCGAGCUGAGUCGGCCCCGCAACGGUCUGCAGGCCCGCGGCUGCAAGCGGCGCCACAGCAGCAUCAGCUCCGGCUUCAAGCACCCGGGCUUCAAGCAGCAGCAGCGGCGGCAGCGGGCGGCCUCGGACUGCGACCCGGUGCUGCCCAGCAAUUUCUUGCUGGGCGGCAACAUCUUCGACCCGCUCAACCUCAACAGCCUGCUGGACGAGGAGGUGAGCCGGGCGCUCAACGCCGAGACGCCCAAGUCAUCGCCGCUGCCGAGUCGCAGCCGGGAGCCGGUCGAGAUCCUGGUGCCCCGCGACAUCACGGACCCGCUCAGCCUCAACCGCGACUCCGAGGUGCCGCCGUCGCCGCUCAAGCUGGGCCGUAAGCGGCGGCACCGGCACGGGCACCACCCGGUGGAGGAGCCUCCCGGGCCGGCGGCGGCCGACGUGGUAGCGGAGCCCGAGCCCUACGAGCUGAACACGGCCAUCAACUGCAGGGAGGAGAUCGUGUCGCCGGUGCUGCGGGGAGCGGAGCCGGGCUCGGCGGCCGGAGGAGGGACCAGGCACCGCAAGAGGCGGCGGACUUGCAGUAAGUCGGAGCCGGGCAAGCCCCCGGCUCCGGCUCAGGGCGAGGAGAGUGGGGAGGGGAAGAAAUGGACGCCGGAGAAGCCGCGGGGUAAGGGCGGCCCGCCCAGCUUCCCGAGCCGCCAGCGGCGCUUCCAGUACGGGAACUACACAAAGUACUACGGCUACCGCAACCCGGACCGCGGCGACGAUCCGCGCCUCGCCGUCCUGCGGGCCGACUGGUUCCGCGGUAAGGACAUCCUCGACCUGGGCUGCAACUCGGGCCACCUCACGCUGCGCAUCGCCCGCGACCUGCGGCCGGCCCGCAUCGUCGGAGUUGACAUCGACGGGGGCCUUGUCCACUCGGCCCGCCGCAACAUCCGCCACUACCUGUCGGAGGAAGCGAGGGCCCCGGGCCGCCGCUUCCCCGUAUCGCUGGCCAAGUGCAAGGGGCCGAUCGCCGCGCCGCCCGUCGCCCUCGACCGUCAGACUGUGCCCGGCUUCCCCAACAACGUCACCUUCGUCCAGGGAAACUACGUGUUGGAGAAGGACGAGUUGCUGGAAACGCAGAGACCAGAAUAUGAUGUCAUCCUAUGCUUGAGUCUGACAAAAUGGAUUCAUCUCAACUGGGGCGAUGACGGGCUGAAACGAAUGUUCAAGCGCAUCUACAGGCAUUUGCGGCCGGGCGGGAUUUUCAUCCUGGAGCCACAGCCCUGGUCUUCCUAUGGAAAACGACGGAAACUUACGGAGACAAUCUACAGGAACUACUAUAAAAUCAUCUUUAAACCAGAUCAGUUUACGUCUUAUCUUUUGUCCCCAGAAGUUGGAUUUUCCAGUUAUGAGCUGGUGGGAACACCUCAAAGCACAUCUAAAGGCUAUGGUGUGGCUGUGCAAGGCCUUAUGAAGGAUUCCAGCGUCCCGUUUACCUCUUUCACAAGAAUCGUCAAUCCAGUGCAAGCUAAGACUUCCAAAGCCAGUUUCUGGCUGCUGUUUCUGUUUCUUUCGUUCAUCGGUGGCUCUUUCCUGACCAUCUCCUCUUUUUAAAGCCAAUGGAAGAUUCUACAGGGGACGCUUAGUCCAUCAUGAGCACUGCCUUUUUGGUUGUUUUAAAUUGACAUGCUGUUCUUUCAGUCUGCUUUAUAAGGCUCACGAAUGUAAUAAAGCAUUUUUAGGGUUGUAACUGCAUUUGCUGGAUUUGGGCACCUCUGGGCAGGGAAAUGCAUUAAAUAAUCGAAGAGCGGUUUUCACCGUUCAGAAUAGUGGCAUUGCCUCCAGCAAUACUGCACUUGUCAAAUUCCUACUGUUUUGGUAGGUCUUCAAUCCAAGGUGGUGGUGAAAGGCAUAUAGAGAAAAUUUAAAGCUGGAUUACACAAAGCAAUAGAUCAUAUUUUCAUUGGCCACUGAAGGGGAACUAGCCACGUCAUUCCCACCCGCCCUUGCGGAGGAGAAUGGACUACUUCCUGAGAGCAAUUUGCCUAAUGGAUGUGACUAUUUUUCAGGUUGCAGCAUAGUUCAUUGUUUUGGGUUAUGUUGUGGCUUUCAUUACCAUGGGAAUAUGUCAUGGUUUACAGCCAGUGGAAUGUAUUUUGGGAGAUGAUUGCAGUAUGCUGUAUGUAAACCCUCACUCUAAUGGUGUGUUGAGGUUCCCAGCCUGGGGUCCAUGAUAGGGAUCCAUGGCAUAAAGUUGGGACCGAUUGGUCUAUCAGAAAUUUUCCAUGAGUGACUUCUGGCUGAUAUCAGUUGCACUGAACUAACUGCUUAAUUCCAAAACAAAAUGUAAUUCCUCUAUGUCCCUUUCUUAUCCAAUCUCUCAGAUUUUCUCCAGUGAGCACUCACAUCCUUGGGAGGGAGAGAAUUGGCAAAUCCUUUCAAGAAGCACCAAGACAUAGUUUUCACCAGCCACCCCCUUGAAAUAUUUAACUCCUCUGGUACAUGUUUGUUUGAUGGGAGUUUGUUUAAAGCUCCCUGCAUUUGGAAAAAGUGAAUGGGGCAGAAGUUCAGUUGAAGGCCUUAAAUGCAAUCUUGCUGUGUAACUGGGUAGGGCACAACUCUCUGUUGCCCCUUUUACUGUGCUGUGGUGGGAUAUAGCUGUAGAUACACUCUGGACUUGAAACUCGGUGUUGAGGUGUGUUCAUAUUUGUAUAAACUUGACUCUCCUGAAAUUAAGGGUGUUACUUGCAACAAAAGUUAGUCUGCUAGUUUAAUUCAUUAAGAUUAAUUACUUGACUUCUAAUGUUUAAAAAUAUGUACCAGAUGAGUUUGAUUGUUUCAGGGGAAUUGUAACCUGGUCUAAAUGCAGGAAAGAUGCAGAACAAAUGUAUUCAGAGUCGAUGCCUGCCUCUUCCCUAUACUUAUCUUGCCCUUCUCAUUUAGACCAAGUAAGAAGAAAGGGGAACUUUUAUGACCUCUGAUUUGUUGCUAUGCACUGUAAAUAACUCCUGCAGUACAGUAUGGAAAUUCUGUUCUGAAAGUAAGGGCCAUCCAUUGCUUUGGGCAUGAGUAACAUUUCUGCUGUUGACUCUCCUGUGCUUCUGAUCUGGUUAUGUGGAAUUGGAAUACUUGAUUUUGUAAGAUAAGAAUUCUUUAGGGGUUGGAAAUGGAAGCCUAAGCCUUGCCAGUGUUUAGAUCCCAGGAUCAGAGGAGAGUUGACCAUUCUAUUGUGCUGUACAAUGUUUUUCCCCCAUUGGUAGACCAGUACAAGUACAAACCAGGGCUAUAUGGCUCUGCUUGGUUUCUAGAUCUAAUUACAAAAUCCAUCUGCUCACAACCUUCAGGGCUUGCUGUGGUCUGUUUCUCCACCUCCAUCCUGUCUGCAGGGACAGUGCUAGAGCACAUCUGAUUACUAAUUGACUGGACCUUGAGGAAACCCAGGAUUUGUGGCAAAGGGGCAUUCCUCUUGCAUCUCCAUCCCAGUAGCAUUCUUGCUCAUAUUUUGCCCUUGUUUCAUGGGGCUGCUAGUUCCAAAUAUACCUCAAAUAUGCAAUUUUUGUUUUUGGUUCCGAUUUAGACAUCUGGCUGGUGGAUAUUCCCAGAUUACUAAAUCAGUUUAAUGGUAGAUUUUGGGAGGGAGAAAUGAUUCAAUGCUGUUCCCUUUUGGGUGACUGACCUACAUUCCUUUUGGGCAAAAUGAACAGAUUUCCACUCUGGAAACUAACCUGGCAGUAGAGAACUAUCUUGAUCCAGUAAGAAUGGCCAUUUUCCCUCAAUUUUGACUGUUACAUCCUCUGACUUUCAGUCCUAUAUUUUAAGCUGUAGUCUCUACUACAGGUUUAAUUUUCUAGCAGUCUUGAUGAAACAGCUACAACAUUACCCUGAUCUGUCCUGGUCUUUCAGGCCCAGUUCCACGAAAAAAAGACGAUGGUGCUUCUGAAGAGCUGUGACUGCCUUAAGACUCAGGUCACAGCAUCAGCUUCAGUGAGGUAAAUUGAUUUAAAGACAGACUGAGCCUCCAGGUUAAUUGUACUGGUCUAUUGGGUACAUUAAGCCAUGGCUUCUAAAAGAGGUGCUUUUUCCAGCUAUUUACCAGCUCCAUUAAGAAAUUUUCUUCAGUAUGAUAAAUUGUAUCUUUGACAAAUGGUUCACUGCAGCUUCUAAAUGGGGAGGGUGGGCAACUGUACAUGUCUGCAUUUGGGGGGGGGGUGGGUGGUAAAGUGCAAAUAAACUUAAGAUUCUAGAUUUUUAAGAAAAGUAAAAAUGUUGCCUUUGAUAAAAAAAAAAUGUUUCAGGAAAAACUCUUGUGAAUUUUUGUAAAAAAAAAAUGCUGCAAAAAUCCAAUGUCAAACGUACAUCAAGUGUCAUUACAAUAAAGGAAGAGUGUUAAACAGUUGUGACUCACUUCUAUUAACUUUCCUGACUUUUCUAAACUUGGUAGGAGCACCAUUAAGUAGAGCAUUUUCUCAAUUGAGAGCUUGUCUAGCAGUCUCUGAUUUGUGAUAAAUUGGUUAACAGACAAAUGGCAGGGGAACCUAAAAGUUCCAGCACAUUGUGGAUCAGGACAUUUGGGAAGUCAAAUCAUGUGAGAUCUUGGUAUUCAUACACAACAAUUGUGCUUUUAGGCUGAGUAUUUUUAAAGCCCAUUGUGGGUCACAAAGCAUUGUACAAGUAUAGCACAUUUUAAAAGACUGACAGAUGUGUAGAUAAGGGAAAAUAGUUUAUAGCUUGAGUAGGCAUCUCGUUCAGCGUGAAUGAAUUGAAUGCUUCUGGUCUGUUGCACUAAGUGCAAUUGUGGUUACUAAGCUGGAAAGCAAGGUCUUGGGGAAUUGGAAAAGUUGAUCAGAAUAGUUCCAAGUUUUUCUGGUUGCCAGGUAAGUCAUUUCCCCUUGGAGCAGAAGAGUAGCAGUUUGUUUACAGGCUGUUAUGAUUUAAACAGGUAAACAAAAGGACCCAUUUUUCAAGAGUUUGGGGAAGGGGUUUUGGGUAAAAUGGAGAGGAACAGGCUUGCGCAGUGGCUAGUGGAACUUGCUGAUUGCUAGCGUGGUGGAAGCAAAGAUCCAGGGUUUUCUAAAGAAAAUGAGUAUUCUAGGGAGAUUACAUCUGUGUACAGUUCAAGGCUUUUAAUGUAUUGGAAAUGUUCAUAUUUACUGGUCUGGACUCCAAAGGAUUGGGCUGGCUAGGCUUGCAUUUCUAAUUUGGUAGAUGAGAAGUGCAAGAUCUUGAGAGGUUGAUAUUUGUAUUAUACUAAAGGAUCAUGGCUUCUGAAAUGGGGGGUGGGGGGGGGGAAGAGGAGACAGCUGCAGAGUCCAUAAGCAACAUUUUAAACAAUAGCAGAGGAGCCUGAAGUACAGAUGAAGCUCUAAACUAUAUUUGUGACUCCGGCCAUAGGAGGACCCAUUGAGUGACUUAAUUUUUGUAUAUAUGUUUUGGUUGUAGGAUAAUUUAUGAUUACAUUGGGGUUGAAUAGCUCUGCCAGAGGCUUAAAGGCAAAGUUAGUUGCAGGAAACAUGUAGUACUUAAGUUUGUGGAUUGAAAAUUGGAUGGACAAAUGAUGGGAAGAUUGUAAAACUCACUGAAUGUGAAAGUGCAAAUUGAGAAAGGAUAGAUCUACUUGUCUAAUCUGAUUGGGUUAGGAGACUGCUCAUAAUGUGAGUCCCAAGUCUGUGGAAGAGCUAAACAAUGAGUGUUCAGUGGAAAUGCAGAUGAAGAGCACACUUGGAUUUACUGAGACAUGGAGCUACUGGUUGGCACUGAUGAUUUGAGUCCUUGAAGCCUCUGCCCUGCUCUUGGCUUCUGACAAGACCAAUCUACCCAAGGCAAUGCAACUUUUGUUUGGUAAAUGCCAACAAGUUUGGGAUUCCAAUGAGGUCCUGAUCAUAACCUUCAGUAUGCUGAGUGAGCAGCAAGCUGAUUCAAUUCACUUGUGCAGCUAUUUGGAAUGCAAUAAAGGUAUGUCUUUAAUUGUGUUUAGCUAAUUUCUGCAAUAGUUCUGCUUCAGUUGCAAUUGCUACAUUGCAGAUUCUGUGACAGGUGGGUUGAAUUCCUGUGUUUUGGAGCAGCAAACUGCUUCUAUACAGGGCAAUAUGGUAGGGUAUGGCAGUAUUUUACAGUGCCAGUGAUAGGGGCUCAAUUCCUGCUGCUGUCUUCAAGGAGUUCUGCCUGUGACCAGAUGGGUUUCUUCUCACAUCCUGAAGAUAUAAAGAUUACUAAAUUGUGGGCAUGCUUAUGUGCCAGAACCCCAGUGACACCUGCAGGCUGGCCCAGUGUAUCAUUUAGCUGCAUUGGUCAUUGUUGCAAAUGUUGCAUUUCACUGUUUCGAUGUACAUGUGACAAAGCCAAUCUUUAUUGGACAAACAUUCUGAAAUGGAGGGUCCAAGAACUGGAAGAAGCUAAAUGCACACACAAAUUAAUACUGACUGUAUAGUUGUGAACCAACACCUACUGCCUUAACCAGUGGAAGAAAGUCUCUCCAGCACUGACCUUCAAGAAAGGUACAAACAGGAAUAUGGAAUGCUGGUAAUACUCGGGUCAGUCGCCAGUACUGUGGAGACAUGGGCAAAAUUUUAACUUCUCAGGUGAAAGUAUUUAACAAAUCAGAGCACAGCCACAAUCAAAUUCAUGUCACAAUAGAUGGUUCACAUACUUCAAUAAUUUACUUUGUUUACCACUGUUAUCCUAUCUUGAGUUUUGCAGGAGUUUACAGAAAAAUACAAUAGCAUUUAUGAAAAACUACAUAAAGACAAAUAACCAAUGUGCAAAGAAAAUACUAAUUUGAGUUGUAAAGAGUCCUUGAAAGUGAGGUUAUGGAACCAGUGGUGAUUGAAGUUAUACUUAUUUUGCAAGCCUGGUUAAAAAUAAAAAUUAAGGUGGCAGAUCCACUAACAAAUUUGACUGUAGAAUGGUGCUGUCUAGAUAAUGCCUGGUUAAAGUCGCUCAGCAACCUGUGCACAUGUUGGGGGGGGGGGGGGGGGGUAAAGCAUAGUGUUAUUACCACAAGUCAACUGCACCAGUGACAUGGGUAAGGAUGUGGUUCUGAGGCACAGUCUUGCAGAGGGAAUUGGAGGAGUUCCUGGAUAAUGGGGGGCAGGGGAGAGAAGAAAGAAGAGGACAAGUGUAGUGUUUGGUUUCCAGGAAUGAGGGAUGUCUGAAAUGUUUACCAACCCUCUUCCUCCAUAUACCCACCAUUAUGAGGGAAUUUAAGUUGCCCUCAUAACAUCUCAUAAAACUCGUUUUACGGGGGGGGGGGGGACAAUGAUCAGCCACCUUAUCAAUGUUGAUCAUGAUUUUGUGUACCUCUACAAGGUCACCUCUCAGCCUCUGUGUCCCCCAUAAGUCCCUGCACCCUUUUUAGCAGGUGACAAGAUCUGUACAUAAUUCAAGAGAGGUCUCUCCAAUUUGUGUACUCAAUGUCCUGAUUGCUAAAGGUAAGUCACCUUCACCAUCCUGUCUCCUGGUGCUGCCACGUUCAGGGAACUGUAUACCUGUACCACUAGGUCUCCAUUCCACAAUACACUUCAGGGCCCUGCCAUUUACUGGUUUAACUGCAAAUUGCUGCACUGAGUUAAAUUUCAUCUGCCACUCCCUUGCCCACUUUCUUAGGUGAUCCAGAUGCUACUGUAUCUUAGACAUUUUUCUUUGCUGUCCAUUAUCCCACCAAUUUGGUGUCAGUUGCAAACUUCCUAAUUGAAAUUAUUAAUAUAGAUGGCAAACAGAGGACCCAGCAAUAAUUCCUGUGGCAUGCUACUGGUCACAGGCCUCUAAUCUGCGUAACAACCUUCUGACACCUACCACUGAGCCAAUUUAGUAUCCAAUUGACUAUAUCAUAAAUUCCAUGUGAUCUGAUAGUCCAGAUCAGCCUACCAUGUGAGACUUUUAUCAAAAACUUGUUUAAGUUGUCAUUAAUCUUUGUGGUCACUUUUUAAAAGAAAACACUUUUGUAAUACACAUGAAAGCAUGGUGACUAUCCAUAAUCAGUCCUUGCCUUUCCCAAUGCAGUUACAUUUUUGUCUUUCAGAAUAUCUUCCAUAACUUUCCCUCCACUGAGGUCAGGCUUGUGGGUCUGUCAUUCCCAGGUUUGUCCCAGUAGACCACCUUAAGGACACAUUAGCCACCCUGCAGUCUUCCAGUACUUGAUGAAGAUACAAAUAUCUCUACUAGGGCCUAAGCAACUUUUUCCCUUGCUUACGUGGAUAGAGCAUUGGUUGAUUGGCAGGAAACAGUGAGAAUAAAGGAAUCCCAUUCUGGUUGGCAGCCAGUUACCAGUGGUGUUCCGCAGGGGUCCAUGUUGGGGCUGCUGCUUUUUACGUUGUAUAUCAACGAUUUGGAUUAUGGAAUAGAUGGCUUUGUGGCUAAGUUUGCUGAUGAUACAAAGAUAGGUGGAGGCCCCUCCACUUUGUAUCAACAGCAAACUUAGCCAUAACAUCAUGGGCUGAAUGGCCUGUUCCUGUGCUGCACCGUUCUGCGUUCUAUGCACUUUGGGAGUUCCUAGUACCUCAUAAUGGGUAUGUCGAAGAUAUCAUUUCUGUGAAUUCAUUUAAGACAUCUCCUGUUACUCCACAUGUAGAUGACCACACUAAUCCUUAAAGGAACCUAUGCUCUGUCUAGUUUGCUCUUAAUAAUAGGAUUCUAAGAACUUAAGCCAUCUUGUGUCCUCAUUUAACCUUCCCUUUUUGAUUUCUGUCUUAAGCAUCUCUUGAUCCCAGCUGUUAUGCUUGAUGUAUACUUCCUCUUCCUCUGAUCAAAGUCCAUCUUUCAUCCACCCCUGCCAGCACACUCCUAACACCCAACAUUGUGCAAAAAAAACUACAACCCUCCCCCAAACCCAUCUCUUCUCAUCCUAAAUGCUCUGGUGUUUCUACCCUGGGAAAAAGAAAUUGGCUGUCUUUGGGAUUCUGCCCAAAGCAUCAACUGUUCAUUCCUCUACCCCAAUGAUUAGGUCUGACUUGCUGAGUUUCCCUAGCAUUUUGUAUGUGUGUGUGUGUGUGUGUGUAUUUGAUCUGGAUUUUCAACAUUUUUCAGAAUCUCUUGUGUUCAUGAUAAAGCCAUUGAUAAACUGGAGAACAAGGUAAGAGGAGCCUUGUAGGAUUAGAAUAAGGAAUAUUCCAUGUAUUUGACUAAAGAGAAAGGCUUUUACCUGCAGUCCUGUGCAAAAGUCUUAGGUGCAUGUGUACAGCUAGGGUCCUCAGACUUUUGCACAGUGUGUACUGUACUUCCACCUUAUUUUCAAUCGUGAUUGUGAUUAUUUUCGUGAACAGAAACCCUGUGGAUUCAGAGCUGUGCCACCAGGUCCUAAUGUCCACCGCACAGAGACGUUAUAUAACGUCCGGGGUUCUCUGGGUCCUAAAGACCACCACACUGAUACAUGUUAAAUAAGGGACUUGAGCAUCUGCGAAUUUUAAUAUCCACCGGGGGGGGGGGGGGGUUCCAGAACCAAUGCCCCACAGAUGAGGGCCGACUACUGUAUUUGUCAACAUGGAGCGGGGAGCAAGUCUGUAAAGCUGGCAGGAACAAAGGAUGUUGGACAGGGUGAGGGUGGAGCGUGUGAGACAGGUGGCAGAUAAGGAGUGCCAGGGACAGGGAGUGACAUUGGUGCAGGCAUACCCAACCCUGAGACAGUAGGCAAAGUCAUUUGAUCCAAACAGUUGGUUUAUUGAUAGUUACAGAAUGUGCUUCCCACUCCCUCCCACUUUCCACUCAGUCCACAAUAGAAACCCAUAUCUGUAUCAGGUUUAUCAUUACUCUCAUGUCAUAAUUUUUUUGUAACAGCAGUCAACACAAUACAUAAAAUUACUACGGUACUGUGCAAAAGUCUUGGCACCCUAACUAAAUUUAUGUACCUAAUUCUUCUGUACAUAGUUUGCAAUUGAUAUGUUUACUAAUUAAAUCGAUAAGUAAUUGGCCUUCACUCCCAGUUGUGUAGGUGGAUCCUGGACUUCCUGUUAGAUUGCUGGCGGGUGGUAAGAGUGGAAUCCCUUACCUCUGCCCUGUGACCCUUAACACAGCCCCCUCUCUUUGUAUACCCAUGACUGUUGCCACCCACAGCUCCAAUCUGCCAGUUAAAUUUGCUGAUGUCAUUACAAUGAUUGGUCUAAUCUCAAUUAAUAAUAUGGCUGCUGACAGAAGAAGUCAACACCCUGACAAAGUGGUGUCGGAAAACCUCUCCCCCAAUGUUGCAAAAACAAAGGAGCUGGUUGUGGACUACAGGAGGAAUGGAGACAGGCUAGCCCGGGGGUCGGCAACCCGCGGCUCCGGAGCCACAUGUGGCUCUUUUACGUCUGUGCUGCAGCUCCCUGUUGCUUUGGGAAAUAAUUGGUUGUGGCGACCCUUUUCCUGGCACAUCCGAACCGACUCACAAUUAGAUAGCCUACGGGGGUUUGCGAGCACAGAGCUUUGGAGCCUCUGCGCCAUGGGGGGCCGGUUGACAGAGGCUUAAAAGUGAGGCUGAAGAUUUCGAAUAAAGUUUUUUCCUUCGACUGCA